GCAGCAUUCAGACACAGCGAAAGGAUCAUGGCGGAUGGCCCCAGGUGUAAGCGCAGAAAACAGGCGAACCCGAGGAGGAAUAACGUAACGAAUUACAACAACGUUGUGGAGGACCAGUCAGAUUCUGACGAUGAGGACAAGCUACACAUAGUGGAGGAAGACCCUGAUGGAGACAGCACUUCCGCAGUAUUAUCCCAGAACGGGACGGAGACGCACCAAGACACCUGGGAUGGAGUGAAGGAGGAGUGUGGCUCAGAAGAGGAGGAUGAGGAGGAGGAGGAGGAGGAGGAGGAAGAGGAGGGGGGUAAGGAGAUGAUCCGGCAGGGAGACACGGCGGUCAUCUACCCCAAGGCGCCGGUCGGCAAACCGAAAAGCGCGUCUGAGAGAGGGAUCUCAGAGAAGACCGGCACGCCAGACACCCUCUCCCAGCUCCUGACUUGUCCCUACUGCUCACGGGGCUACAAGCGCUGCACGGCCCUGAAGGACCACAUCAAGCUGCGUCACGAGAAGAGCGAGGACAACUUCAGCUGCUCCCAGUGCAGCUACACCUUCACCUACCGGACACAACUGGACUGUCAUAUGACCCAACACAAGAACCAACACAAGGAUCCUGUACAGCGUCAUGUACCCCAGACCACCACCACAACAAUAACAACAGGGGGGAACAGGAAAUUCAAGUGUACUGAGUGUUCCAAGGCUUUUAAAUAUAAGCACCACCUGAAGGAGCAUCUUCGCAUCCACAGCGGAGAGAAGCCAUACGAGUGCCCCAACUGUAAAAAGAGGUUUUCCCACUCAGGGUCCUACAGUUCCCACAUCAGCAGUAAGAAGUGUGUUGGCAUGGCGCCUGUCAACGGCAACCCCAGCCCAGUCAUUAAGGUCUCCAACCAGACCCCCAGCCAGACCCAGCCCUCUGGCCCCGCCGCAGCCCCAGUCCGAGUGCUCCUCCGGGGGGAGAAGACAGACAGCAAGCCCCUGCAGGAGCAGCUCCCCCACACUCAGAUUAAAUCUGAGCCUGUGGAUUAUGAGUUCAAGCCGGCGGUGGUGGCGCCUAACGGGGCGGUGGGGACUAAUGGGACGGUGUUUAACGGUGGCGUGGCGCUACCCCAGGGCACGGCGCUGCCUCAGGGCAUGGUCCAGGCGGUGGUACUGCCCACCAUGGGUCUGAUGUCUCCUAUCACUAUUAACCUCAGCGACCUGCAGAACAUGCUCAAGGUGGCCUUGGAUGGAAACGUGCUGCGUCAGGUGUUGGGGACGGCCAACGGGCUGGGGACGGCCAACGGGCUGGUGACCUCCAAGCAGGGGUUUGUGACACAGGCUGGCCAGCAGGUAAUCUCAGCCAUCAGCCUGCCUGGCUUCGUGGACCAGGACGGUACCACCAAGAUCAUCAUUAACUACAGCCUGGAGCCAAGCCCAGCCCAGCAGCCCACCGCCCCUCAGCUCCUCAAGCAGGAGGCUCCCCCUCCCACCACCAACACCAACACCGCCAGCGCCACAAACACACAGCCCGCCUCCAAAGUAACAGAGAAACUCCCCCAGGACCUCCACAUCAACAAGACCGAGCCGGACGACUCGGAGCCCGAGUCAGAGAUGGAGACGCAGGAGACAGAGACUGAAGCUGAGACACCAAAGGCCCAGACAGGCAAGACAAGGUGUCUACUGUGUGACAAUUGUCCUGGUGAUUUGGAUGCACUGCACAUGCUCCAGCAUUGUAAACCUGCCAACGAGGAGGGAGGUGACAGCGCCACCCUCGACCCCUCCAUCGCCACCCUCCUGGCCGAGGCAGGGAUAACACCAGGCCAGCAUCCUCUAAAGAAUCUGCUCUCACUCCUCAAGGCCUACUUCGCCUUAAACGCCGAGCCCACCGAGGAAGAGCUGGCCAAGAUCUCUGACAAUGUCAGCCUGCCCGUGGACGUGGUCAAGAAGUGGUUUGAGAAAAUGCGGUCAGGUCAGAUCACGGUCGGACCCCCUGGUUCCUCUCCAGAUGACUCUGGACUUUCAGAUUCCAGCACAGAGACCCAGCUAGACCAAGAGAAGAGCGGGACAGAGAUAGAGGAGCAGCAUGCCUCGGCCCAAACACAGGAGACAUCAUCUUCCCAACCUACUAACAGUUCCCCUGCCUCGACGUCCCCCUCUGCCUCAGCCUCGGCCCCCUCACCACUAAACCUCUCCUCCAGCGGCCUGGUCAUUGUGAAGACUGAGGUCGACUCUGAGCGCGAGGCUCAAGAUCUUCCCCUGGACCUGUCCCUUCCCAAGCAGCCCCAGUCACAGCCCCAGGUCCCCCAUGUUCCACAGGAGCAGCCCCUCAACCUCACCUGCCUGAAGGAGACAGUCCAGGCCCAGCUCCCAGGACUCCAGGGAACCACCAACACCAUCUACGUCACCUCCUCCCCCCAAACGACCAUCCCCAGCCCGGUGAACAUAAUGACCACCCGGCUAGUAGCCAUCACCAACCAGGGCAGCGGUGUGCCCUGCCUCAGGGCCAUCUCCACCGGCACCACCAAACGGACCAUCCUCAUCCCCCAGCUCACCUACACAUACACCACUACAGCAUGCAGCGGCACCACUGGGGCCGAGGGAGCCCAGAAGACCGUCAGAAUCAACGGCUGCCAGGAGGAGAAGUCUGCCACCAGCUCAGAGGGUGUGUCGACGGUCGAGGAGCAGGAUGACUCUUCCCCUCCGCUGAAGAAGAUGCGCCGUCCGCAGAGCGGGAUGUACUCCUGUGACCUGUGUGACAAGAUCUUCCAGAAGAGCAGCUCCCUGCUCAGGCAUAAAUACGAACACACAGGAAAGCGGCCACAUGAGUGCGGCAUCUGCGACAAAGCCUUCAAACACAAACACCACUUGAUAGAACACACGCGACUGCACUCUGGAGAGAAGCCCUACCGCUGUGACAAGUGUGGCAAGUGUUUCUCCCACUCGGGCUCCUACAGCCAGCACAUGAACCACCGAUACUCCUACUGCAAGAAGGAGCCCCAGGGAGGGUGGCAGGGGGGACGUCAGCUCGGGAUGAGCCCCGAAAGGAGUCCUCAAACAGAAGAGCAGCAGUCAGACAGCCGACCCACCUCCCCACCUUCCCAACUGGACUCAGACGAGAGGGAGAGUGAGGAGGAGCUGGAGGAAGAGGAGGGCAUGGCGGCUAUGAGCAUGGACGACAUACGGGUGGUGCAAGUGGGUGAGGAUGACGAGGAGAGUGAGAUCUACGAGGUGGAGGAGUUUGGGGAGGAGAGGCAAGAGGAGGAGGAAGGGAGCAGAGAGGAAGAGGAGGAGGAGGAAGAGAUCAGAGAGGAGGAGGAGGAAGGGAGCCGAGGGGAAGAGAUGGAGAAGGAAGGGAGCAGAGAGGAAGAGGAGCAGAAGGAAGAGAGUAGAGAGGAAGAGGAGGAGGUACAGCAGAAGCAGGUGUGUGAAGAAGAGCAGGAAGAGGAAGGGAUGAGAGAGGAGGAGGCACACCAGGAGGAGGUGGAGGAAGAGGAAGGGAGUAGAGAGGAGGAGGCACACCAGGAGGAGGAAGAGGAAGGGAGUAGAGAGGAGGAGGUGGAGGAAGAGGAAGGGAGGAGAGAGGAGGAGGCACACCAGGAGGAGGUGGAGGAAGAGAAAGGGAGUAGAGAGGAGGAGGCACACCAGGAGGAGGAAGAGGAAGGGAGUAGAGAGGAGGAGUCACACCAGGAGGAGUUGGAGGAAGAGGAAGGGAGUAGAGAGGAGGAGGCACUCCAGGAGGAGGAAGGGAGUAGAGAGGAGGAGGCACUCCAGGAGGAGGAAGAGGAAGGGAGUAGAGAGGAGGAGGCACACCACGAGGAGGUGGAGGAAAAGGAAGGGAUGAGAGAAGAGGAGGCACACCAGGAGGAGUUGGAGGAAAAGGAAGGGAUGAGAGAAGAGGAGGCACACCAGGAGGAGGAAGAGGAAGGGAUGAGAGAAGAGGAGGAGGCACUCCAGGAGGAGGAAGAGGAAGGGAUGAGAGAAGAGGAGGAGGUUUGUAAAGAAGAGUCCCUACAGCAGGAGGAUGUGUGUGAGGAAGAGGAGGUGAUGGCGGUACAGGUGAUGGGAGGUGUAGCGGAGGAGGAAGGAGUGGCAGAGAAGGCAACCUUUGUAACAGAGGAAGCUAUGGAAACGGAGGACAAAGAACCACAUGUGGACAAGGAGGACAUCCCGGUGGAGGGGUUGGAAACCGGACAGAAAGAAACAGAGGAAGACACGAUGAACGGUGAAUAAAGAAAAUACAUUCUCUGACAAAAAAAAAUGGAAAUCCUAGGUGUCAAGUAGCAGGAGAGGAAAAUCUUGUGUUGUCGUCAAAAGAAAAAAAGAAAACAAAAGAUGGUGCCGUGUUGAUGCCGUGUGUCGGUCCUCUACUGUGUUGAAACCCAGGUGUGCCUGAGACUCAAAAGAAGGGACUUUUUCUCCUGAAAAUAAUAUGGGUGUUACCUUGUUUAUAGACGUAUUAUACAUUUUUGUAUAAAAGUUACAGCUGACCUUUCAAUUAUUUUGUUACUGAGAGUGAGACAUCUGAUCCCAGGUCAUUUAUGUUUGUCAGUGUUAUUUUUGACUAAUUUUGCCACUCUUGUUUUAACCUUUUAAUCUGUACAGUUGAAGAAACAUUUCUAUACAUUUUUAUUGCCAAUGAUGAUGUUUGCUAAAAUCAGUAUUUUAUUGAGUUGUAAAACAAAAAAACAAACAAAAAACUGCACUACAGUAAUCCUGGUUUACCUAUGGAUGCAACAUGCCUCAUGACGUCCACCCUUCAGUAUUAUCAUGUUCACACUAGCUGUACAUCCUCUUCAUGUUAGCUAACGUUAGCAUAGCAUUUUGUUUUCAGUUGGUUUGUUAACAUUAAGAAGAAAAGAGGA